AUGGUCCUUUCGACUCUGACACUUCGUGGGUCGCGCUCGGCAGAGGUGCUAUCUGGCGUGCCCAUCAGCAAGGAGCUACAGAAGCAAAUCCGCAACAGCACGUCAGUUCUCAGUCGACCACCAUGUCUGGUUGUGGUGCUCGUCGGUGACCGUGCCGACUCGAUCCGCUACGUCAACCACAAGAGGCGCACCGCCGCGGAGUGCGGCAUUGAGGUGCGUCUCGUGAAGCUGUCCGCUACCGUUCAGCAGGUUGAACUUCACAGGACUCUGGCGGCCGUCAACGAGGACGUCGAUGUCGACGCCGUCCUUCUCCAGCUCCCGCUGCCACCUCAUCUGCGCACUCAGCCUGCGCUGUUCCACAUUCACCCAGGCAAGGAUGUGGAUGGCCUCCACCCCUUGAACGCCGGCAGCCUCUCCAUGCAGGAUCAGCGGUCGAACCUGCAUACACUUGUCGCGGCAUCCUCGGCGGCGCCAGCAUCACUCGUCGACCGGCAGGCGCAGGGAAUGAUUGAUGAGAUGCUGUUUCCGGCCGCAGGUGGCGGCCGCGACAGCGCCACACGUCACCGUUUCCAUGAGCGCAACAUUUUUGUGCCGUGCACCGCCCUCGCAAUCCGCACAAUGCUCUUCUCCUAUCUCGGCCGCACGGAAAACUUCGCGCACUUGUUGCCGGCAGCCCACAGCAACGACUUGUCUAUCGUGGAGGGGCCUUCAACGUUUCCGUCCUCAUCUUCGUCGGCAACUACCGGCAUCGUUUCCUCGUCGCCCCCGGAAGCCAAGCAAGGCCCACGGAGCAGCGCGAGUACCCAAAUACCUCGCCGCCGCGACCUGCACGCCGUGAUCGUGAACAGUAGCAGGGUGGUGGGGGUGCCGACGGCGGCGCUGCUGCAGCGCGCGGGCAGGUUUGCCGUCACUUUGUGCAGUCGCAGCAACUCGCUCGACACCAUUCGACACGUCGCCCAACAGGCGGACGUGCUUAUCACAGCGUAUGGAGUGGGCGAUGUAUUCGACCGGUCGUUUGUUCGUGACGGCGCGAUCGUGAUCGACGCGGCCGUCAACGAGUUGCCGGAGAUGGCGUACCAGGGGCAGGCAACGUCAGAGACGGGCGGCAGCGCGCGAAAGAAGGGCAUCUGCGGCGAUGUCGACAUGGACUCGGUGUCCGCCGUUGCCGCCGCGAUCACGAAGGUACCAGGCGGUGUUGGCCCCCUGACGGUGUCGCACCUGAUGUGCAACGUGUUGAAGGCGUAUCAGCUGCGACACGACAACGAGCUUUGCUACAACGACAUCUACACAAAGCUCCUGAGGAUGUACGGCACGCACGAGAAGGUGCGGGGCCAUGCGCCGCCCCUGGGAAUACCAUCCAUGGCCGCUCCGUGA